CAUUUAUUUGGAGAUGUCAUUUUACUUCGCAAACUUUAGUGAGAAUAAAUAUUAGAUUUACAUUCGUUACGUACUAGUGUUUAGUUUAUUUUUAGAAACAAUGGGUUGUUUUUACUCUAGAAGGAUGGAGGAGGAAGAAAUGGUAUACGACAUGUCCCCCAUUCGGCAUUUGCCGGUCAUCUUCGUGAAUGGCGUGCCUGGAGCAGGGAACCACACGGUGGCGCAGACCAUCUCCAACAUCACUGGGUACACAAUGAUCAGGCCUGGCGAGCUGGUGGCUGCUGAGGCUCUGAAAGACACAGCUAGAGGCCGGCUGAUUGCUGACAAGCUGCAGGCCAGGGAAGAUAUCCCUGAGCAACUGACAGUGGACCUAAUAAAAGAGGCGAUGCUGAUGCACCAGGACGCCAGCGGCUUCAUCCUGGUGGGCUUCCCGAAGAACCCGCGUAUGUCCAACAUGUUCAACCGGCAGGUCAAGUGGCCCGAGAAGAUCGUGGCGCUUGAAGUUGACAACGAGGUGGCCGCAACAAGACUUCAAAACAAACUGUCAGAGCUGGGCAGACCAGAGUCGGAGAUCAACGCGGCGCGGCAGAUCGUCCGGGAAGCGGCGCACAAAGUCAAAAACGUACACAAACGGUUCGGAGGGCACGUGGUUACGGUGGACAGCACGGGGAAUCCCAAAGCUUUAGCGUCUACCCUCAAAGAAAUCCUAUCCGACACGAUCGAGAAGAGUCAAAAGCGCAGCGAGUCCCCUGACCCACGGCCCCCCACGGCCAUGUCGGCCCCCGCCGUGGCCCCCCUGGCGUGCCCCAUGGCCAACCUCACGUGUCCUGUGACCCCCACUGAUGCCCCUCCAGCCGAUACGGUCGUCGUAGAAAAGUGAUUUCGUAGAUGUUUUGAAUUUUGGUAUUACAUGUUAAUGUUUGUAUA